AUGGCUCAACUCCUAAAGAGUAUACUCACUGUGAUCAAGGUAUUCCAGAAAUACGCUAAAGAGAAUGGGGACUGUGCUUUGCUGUGCAAGAAGGAGUUGAAGCAGCUGCUCUUGGCUGAGUUUGGAAACAUCCUCCGGAGACCAAAUGACCCAGAGACUGUGGAAACCAUCCUGAGUUUCUUGGAUAAAGACAAAAAUGGACAUGUUGAUUUUCAAGAAUAUCUCUUGUUGGUGUUCCAGUUGGCCCAAGCUUGCUAUCAUAAGCUGGAAAAUGAGUCAUGUGGAGACAGAACCUCCCAGCAAGAAGGAGAGCAGGAGGGAACACAAGACCAUAAGUUUCCAGGAAAUACAGAGCUACAACACAGGCAGAAGCAUGAGGGAAAGAGGCAGGACCUUCCCCACAGUCAGUCUGAGAGGCAAAACCAGGAUGUCUGCCAGGGUCGAUCUGAGAGAAAAGAUAGGGAUUCCCACUACCAUCCGUCUAAGAGACAGGAUCAGGACUUCCACCACGGUCAGUCUGAAACAACAGAUAAGAACUCCUAUGGUCAUUCUGAGAUGCAAGGUCAGGACUCCAGCUCCGAUCAAAGACUGAGUCAUAAAUCUAGCAGUGGCCAGACUGAAAGACAAGGAUAUAUCUUUGCCUUAAACCCGUGUGAGAAACAAGCUCAGCAUGAAAGGCAUAGACAACAACCAAGCUAUUGUGAGGCUGGAAGACUUGGAGAGGACUCUUGCUCUAGCCAAACAAACCAACAAGAAUCAGGUUCUUAUUAUGGACAUUCUAUGAGGCUGGGUCAGGAAUCAAGCAGUCAUCAGAGAGGCAGGCAAGAGCUGGAUUCUCAAUAUGGCCAGACAGACAGACAAGGCCAGAGUUAUCAUUAUGGUCAGACAGACAGGCAAGACCAAAUUUCCCACCAUGGUCACACAAACAGACAAGGCCAGAGUUCCCACUAUAGUCAGACAGACAAACAAGGCCAGAGUUCCCACUAUGGUCACAAAGACAGACAAGGCCAGAGUUAUCGUUAUGGUCAGACAGACAGGCAAGACCAAAUUUCCCACCAUGGUCACACAGACAGACAAGACCAGAGUUCCCACUAUAGACAGACAGACAGACAAGGCCAGAGUUAUCAUGAUGGUCAGACAGACAGGCAAGACCAAAUUUCCCACCAUGGUCACACAAACAGACAAGGCCAGAGUUCCCACUAUAGUCAGACAGACAGACAAGGCCAGAGUUCCCACUAUGGUCACAAAGACAGACAAGGCCAGAGUUAUCGUUAUGGUCAGACAGACAGGCAAGACCAAAUUUCCCACCAUGGUCACACAGACAGACAAGACCAGAGUUCCCACUAUAGACAGACAGACAGACAAGGCCAGAGUUAUCAUGAUGGUCAGACAGACAGGCAAGACCAAAUUUCCCACCAUGGUCACACAAACAGACAAGGCCAGAGUUCCCACUGUAGUCAGACAGACAGACAAGGCCAGAGUUCCCACUAUGGUCACACAGACAGACAAGGCCAGAGUUCCCACUGUAGUCAGACAGACAGACAAGGCCAGAGUUCCCACCAUGGUCAUACAGACAGACAAGGCCAGAGUUCCCACUAUAGUCAGACAGACAGACAAGGCCAGAGUUACCAUUCUGGUCAAUCAGACAAACAAGGCCACAGUCAUCAUGAUGGUCAGACAGACAGACAAGGCCAGAGCUCUCAAUAUAGUCAGUCAGAGACUGAGGAGACUGGGCAAAAUAGGUGUUUCCAAAGAAGUGAGGGGACAAGCAAAGGUUCAUAUGUUGAGCAAUCAGGAAGGUCAGAGAGACCAACUCAACAGACUCAAGGACAGAAUGUGAGCCGAGAUCAGGGACAGAGAUUUCAGUCUAGGGUAGGGAAGAACAACCACCAAGCAUGGGAGCCUGAAGGGGAUCGCCAACACCACCAACACAAACUUGUAGCACAGAUCCAGCAAGAAAGGCCAUGCCAUCACAAAGGGAGUGAUUGGCAAUUGUGCAGUGGUGAACAGGGCAACAGACAGGCCCAGACCAGCGAGAGUUGUGGUGAGGCACAGAGCCACCAGGCAGAGAAAGAGCAGGGCCACCAAACCUGGGGUAGACACGGUUGUAAGGACCAGGGAACUCCAUGUGACGAAGAAGAUAGGAAAACCCAUGAAGAAGAACAAAGCCAUCAGACACAGGACAGGAAAACCCAUGAAGAUAAGCAGAAUCGUCAAAGACAAGACAGGCAAACACAUGAAGAGGAUCAAAGCUUCCAGAAACAACAGAAUAAGAAAACCUAUGAGAAGAAAGGGAGAUAUCAAGGGUCCCAGGAUCAACCAUCUCAUGGGACCCAGCAAGGCUAUGCUAACAGAGAAAAAUUCCACAUGAAUGAGGAUGACCAGAGCCAAGGCUCCCAGGGAAGACACAAGGACAUAGCCUUCUAUCCAACCCAGGGUGGUAGGAGGCCCCAAAGAAGACAAGAGGGUGAAAGCCACCCUACCAAGGCAGCUCUCGCUCCCAACCCUCUCUAUGACUAUCUACAAGAGCAGAGAAUGCAUUCGCACUAG